AUGUCCACCCCCAAUGAUAUCCAGGCUCUUUUGGCGAGCAUAAGGCCACGCCCAUCGCCAUCAAACACGCCUGCUCAAGAUACCGGAAUGGCGCCUCAGUAUCCUCAGCAUUAUCCGCACGGAUACCAGCCCCAGCAUCCCUACAACGGGCAGAGCUACACUCACCCGCAUCUGCAUCAGCAGGCAUACCGACACCCUUCGGUCUCGUCGGCUUUGCACAGUCCCUCACCCGUCAACACACCUCCGCGCCAUGGAUCGGACAUUCUUAGUCCCAAUGUCCUCACUCCAGGUGAAGGGUACCCUCCGCAGCAUUACCAACCGCAGCCUCAGAACCCCGACCGCUCCAACAACCUGUUGAAUCUUCUGAGAUUCAAUCAGCCUCAGACCACCUCUAUACCGCAGCAGACUCCACCUGCUGCUGUAGAGCACACCCAUCCUUCGGUGUCGGGUGUCGAAGAUGCUCCAAGGUCCCAUAACCGGAACAUCUCAGCAUCCGACUUGGUCGCUUCGCUCUUCGGUAAGCAGAACCAGGCGCCCGCAGCUGCUCCGUCUGGCCCUCCUGCUGGAGCACAAGCAGCGGUUCAACCUGCUGCAGAAGGCCCUUCUACCCCUUCGAGCGCAGAGAAGCCACAAGACAUGCUGCUUCGGUUGCUUAACCGAGGUCAGGAGCCCUCUUUCCCUGCUGCUCAAACGCCGCCCUCUGUUGCAUCUCAAAGGAACCCCUUUGAAUCGGAAGUGCCUAGUAGUGUGACUCCGUCCACUCAUGGCGUUCCCGAGCCGUCGCAGUCGGCAUCACAAACACUGGACGGGCCAUCUCCACUGGGUGCAGAGACCAUCUUCACUCACGUCAACCCAUUCGAACAACUUGCGGCUGUCUCUCGGAACAGAACUCCGCUGUCCAAGUCUCGCGACCAAAGUCCUGAUCUUGAGGUUACCGCAACUCAGCAGGUAAAUGUGACGACCACUGUUGAACCCCUGCCGACCUCGGAGAAUAUUCGGCCUAAACGCGCCAAGUCACCUGUUCUGGCCGAUGAGCAGAAACAAGCUGUUGCCAACGUGGUUGGUAAACUCGUAGAACAAAUUACCCGCGAUGUUGACGAGUCUUAUGAGAAUAUGAUGCUCAAGAAUGCCUCGUCUGCGCCUGCGGCUCCGGAGGCUUACGAGGAAAGCUCAAAAGUCACACUCGUAUCGGCCACCACGGCUGUGCAAGGUGCCAAUGGGGAGACAGAGGUUUUGAAAGAGACCAUCGAGGAAAUAGCUGCCUCUGCCGAAGUGAAAGAAACUUCCAAUGGUAGUGGUGAGCCUUUGGCUGACAGUUGGGAGAGUGCUGAGGAUAGCGCUGAGAAGGAUGAGGAACGCGUUGUUCCUGUGCACAAUUUCCCUUUGAAGCCAUUCAUUACCAUCAUUGUCAAGCCUAAUGCUGGAAAGCUUCCGACUUUGCGCGAUGAUGGGAUCAUGGACAUAGCUCGCUUGAAGAAGGACUUUGAUCAGCUCGACCGGUCCUUGACCUCUGCUACCCCCGAUUACAUUGUUUAUGCCCUUGCCAAGAACGGGGGCAUGAGGAUUAUUCGCCAGGACGAUGGAAGCGACAAGCAGGUCUUCCGCUCUACCCGUGAUCGUGUGUUCAGCGUUGCCGUGUGCACUUCACAGUCAAAUGGUGGCUCGUCGGACGACCAGGCCAUUCUUGGUAUUGGCGUUAGCGGCGCCGUCUACUGGGUUUUGAUCUCCCGAGGUGACAAAGACCUCUUUGAGCAGGACGCUUUGGAAAGUGAAUCUCUCAUUUUCCCACCCUUCCCUGCCUCCGACGAGAAUACCUCUGGCGGCCAGCUGAAAACGCGGGCUAAGCGGAGCUCUCGUCACCCUGGAUUCUUUGCAAUCGGCCGCGGCAAGAACAUCUACGUCAUUUCUCCUCAGGCUGCUGCAAGCCCUGCCUACGGUGUCUCGGGCGAUAAUCGAACUGUCAAUACUGAAAAGUUCUUUAAGGAGCGUGCUCUGAAGAUCUCUACUGGAAAGGCCGGGAAAGAUUUCAUCUUCAGUGAUGAUGACACUGUCAUUGCUUCCCUUGAUAAAACGGGCCGCCUCCGUUUUUGGGACAUUCGCGAUGCUGUCAACAGUCCAGCUUCUGGACUUACUCCUUCCGAGAUUCGCGUUCCGCUCAGCACUUUCGUUACCGGCUCUCCUACUGAAAAGUCAUGGCCCACGUCUGUCCUCUUCAUGGACAAGUUGCGUCCGUACGUGAAGUCGAUGGCGCUCCGGUACGUUCUAGUCGGUCUUAAGCAGAACCACACCUUGCAGCUCUGGGAUAUUGGGCUAGGCAAGGCUGUGCAGGAGCUCAAGUUCCCCCAUGAGAACGAAUCGGAUGCUAUCUGCAGCGUCGCAUACCACGCAAGUUCCGGAAUUCUCGUUGUGGGACACCCUACACGAAACUCCAUCUACUUUGUCCACUUGUCCGCCCCCAGAUACAACCUGCAACCCAUGUCGCAGGCGACUUUCAUUAAGCGCGCUGCCGAAAAGGAUCCUAACCUCCCCAAGCCAGAGUCAACCGCAUGUCUGAGCGGCAUUCGCGAGAUCUCCUUUGCGUCAAAGGGCCAGCUCCGAAGCUUGGAUCUCCUUCCGAUCACCAAGGCAGCUGGCGAGGACAGCGGCCUCUUUGAACUUUAUGUCAUGCACUCUCGUGGCGUGACGUGCCUCAAUAUAAAGAGAGAUGAUCUUGGAAUGGGGCCAGACCAGAAGGCGCUUCGUCCAAUCAAUGCUCUAGAGCAAGGCUUUAUUGAGAUUUCUGACCUUCAGACGUUCCCCAGCUAUGUCUCUGAUGAGCCUUCUGUCAAUGGCGACUCCGUAUCUACUCCUGUCAAGGCGGUUCCCAAAGAAUUUGUCAAGACCACGUCUGAGCCUGCUGCCGAAAGCAGCACGGGAACCGGUCCCACCAUUCUGCGGGCGCAGUCGCCUACGAAGCCUGCGCCUAAGAAAAAGGAGGAGCCCAUUGACACAGCCGCGUCUGUUGGUACCUCUGAGAAGCCCGAGAAGAAAAAGAAAAAGAAGGGAACAGCCACUGGUGAAAAUGCAAAGGCCAAGGAAACCCCUGCGGUUGCCACCAACGUGCUUCAGCCGGUUGUGGGCCAGUCUGAGGGACCUGUCAAACCCGUCUCUGCGGAACGUAUCAUCGGCGAUUCUCCUGAAACCUGGAACAAGCACAUCGAGAUCUUGCAGAACGGAGUCACCUCUGAGUUCAACAAGAGCCUUGGGCGUGAAUUGGAAGGCCUCUACACCCGCUUCGAUGAAGAGCGACGCAGCUGGGAUGCAGCGUCUGCCGCCAAGCAGGAACAGGUCUUGCGCCUGGUUUCCAGCACUCUCUCUGACAAUGUGGAGAAGAACCUCACUCGUGUCAUCACAGAGACCAUCAAGUCCGAGGUUGUCCCUGCCCUCGGUGGUAUCGUUUCUGCCGCUGUUGGCAAAGAACUGAAUACCGUUCUGUCUCAGCAAUCUGGAGACAUCAUCUCUCGGGAACUUCGCCAAUCUUUGCCUGGGUCAGUCACCCGUGCGUUGCAGCAGCCUGACGUGAUGAAGGUCGUGACAAAUGCUGUGAGUCAGAAGGUCGAGAGUCAGAUCAAGUCCUUGCAUGAUAGUCUCACCCCUACCCUGAAGAACCUUGCGCUCCAAACGGCUGAGCAGGUUGGAAAUGACUUGGAGAAGCGCGUGCAAGCCCAGCGCCAGAGCGAUGCGGCCAAGAUUGACGAGCUCACCACUCUGGUUCGCGGACUGUCCGACACGGUUUCUGCCAUGGCAGCCGCCCAGACUGGGUUCCAGAAUGAGGUUCUCCGUCUCAACCAGGUCCUGGCGUCGUUCCAAGGCCAGGAAGGUCGACAGGGCGCUGCCCAAUCAACGGCGUCGGCCUCGCCGGUUCCUCUUACCGACAACAGAAGCCCUGAGCAAAUUGAGAUAACUGAAAUCGCGGAGCUGAUGCGUGACGGUAGAUACGAGGAGGGAUCCGUUAGGUGGCUCCAAUCCGAACAACAGGCCUAUCUUUUCGACAGCCUUUUCGUCCGACUUAACCCCUCGUAUCUAAACGCCCUCUCGCCUAUCGUGGCGCUGUCCGUCGGCGUUGCAGUUACAUCGUCCUUGCAGACGAACGUCAAGGAGCGUCUCUCAUGGCUGGAAGUUGUUCUUCAGACUGUCAAUCCUAAUGACCCCGACAUUCGAGAGGUCGCACCCAAGAUUAUGGAUAUCUUGAUCCAGCGCCUAGAUGGUCUAUACAUGGCCGUCGCGAAAGAAGCGCCGCACGACCCGAUCCUCCGCAGGAUUCCUCCGCUCUCGCGACGUGCCAGGGAGCUCCGUGGAUAA